AUGACAGCGUCAAGUCAAAGAAGAAAGGAUUGAGUCUCCACGAAUUUCUGUCUUUUUAUAAAAAUAAAACUAGUAGAUGGAUAUCACCGUAAUUUUUAGUUUAUAGGAAAGUGCAGUGUUUUUUGGUGACUUGCAUAUACAUUACUAUCAUUCUGGAUUCCCAAAAGAGGACUUACCUGGACAUCUACAAGAUGGAUCUGGCGGAGACCAUGAAGAGUGUGCUCGCGAAGAGCACCGGCGGGUCGGGCGGCGGCGGAGGAGGUGCGGGCGCGACGCCGCACGCCGCCGAGGGCUACGUUACGGAGAAGCUGUACAUGCUGCUGCAGCUGUAUCUGCAGAACAAGGGCUGGAGCCCUAGCAUUGAGUUACUGCAGUGUUUUAGUGACCUUAAGGACUCUUCCAUGCUGCCCAGUGCUGCAUACCUUCAAAUGAUGGCAUCAAGAGUAGGGCUGGAUACCCAAGGUCGACUAAUUCUUAGAGAAAACGGGAAAAUUAUACUGCCAUAUGAGCACUUUGCCAAUGCUGUGAUGCUGAAGCAUAUGAAUGGGCCUCAUGGCCUGCAUUUAGGUUUGGAAGCUACAGUCAGAGCAGUGGUAGAAUCAUACACAAUAGGGCGGGAGCAGUUUGGCAUGGAGAAGGAGUUCAUCGUAGAGGUGGUGCAGAACUGCCCCAACCCGGCCUGCCGCUACUACAAGAACCAGCUAGAGAUGACGCAGAAAUCCAUACAGCAGCACCUUUCGCAACAGCCUACAUAUAUUCCAGAGUCGGGCGCGGCGAACCUGGCGGACAGCCAGGCGGUGGAGCGGCUGCUGCGCGGCUCGGCGCUGCAGGACUACCAGCUCCCGCUGGCGCCGCACCUCGCCGCCCUUACGGGCCUAACGUCCGAAAAGCCCGACCGACGCACGCAGGCGCAAGACAAGCUCUCCCAACACCAGCAACAACUCCUUCUGCAGCACCAGUCCCGCUCGCUGCACCAGGACAAGUACAGCCACCAGCGCUCCGGAACCUCCUCCGACACCAAGAAGCAUCACUACACAGAUGAGCACAAGCUCACUGACUUCCUCAGAGCGAAUCUAGAAAGCCUGGAAUCCUUAUCGGGUGGUAGCGGCAGCGGCGGCGGCAGCGCGACUAGCACGGCGGGCGGCGGGCAGGAGCGCGUGGUGCGCGCCUUCGCCGAGCUGGCGCGCAACCUGCAGCGCAUGCGGCCCUGCGUGCGCCCCGCCAUGUGCAAGCCCUACGGCAAGCAGUCCGAGCAGCUGCAGAAGAUCCUGCUGGACACGAUCCAGCUGGUGCAGUCGCUGCGCAGCUACCUGCCGCCGCCGCACAUCCAGGUCACCUCGUGGAAGAACGACGACAAACUACGUUCGAACAACAUGGAGGAGAUUGAAAAUCGCAAAAUAGUGAGCGGCAACUAGCCCCAGAGAGUGCGGCUGAGCGCGCGCUCACUGUAGGCAGUCUCUCACUUCUGUUCACUGACACUGCACCGGACUCUAUCGCAAUAUGUCGAAUAAAAGUCAGCAACGAAUAUACAGUCCAUCUCUAUUUCAGUGUACAUUCAACCAAUUUGAUUCCUAGCCCACUAUAGAACCUUGUCGCUUCAACUGCUGGAUACAUAACAUACAUCACUCCAUAAGCACUGUCGUAGAAGAUAACCAUCAUCAUUAUGACAUGGUUCUGGUCUAGGAAUCAAAUUAGUUGACUGUAUAUUUUCAUAGCUGUAUGGGUUGCCCAAGCGUCAAAGGUAAAUAAUACUGUCUUUUUCUUAUGCUAGUAUAAUUUAUGUAUCACGAUAAGUUACUAAAAGAUAUGGCCGGUCAGCCUAUAUCUGGCAUAUCUGCUGACGAUGUGAUACAUAUGCGGUUACAAUGGCGUUCAAUAGAAAUGUUAUAAUCUGUAUUCUUCUAAAGUUAGUUUUAUAAAGUUAAAAGCUAAAUAGGUUUUGUUUUUUUUUUUUAAUACCAAGGCGAUAGCGAACUUGAAAAAUCACUUAAGGUUGUUCGCAAUCGCAAUAUUUAAAAUGUUUGGCCCCUUAUAUUGAAUACUAUUUGGCAUCAUUUUACACCAUGAUGUAAGUGCGUAGAGUCCGGUUCGCUCUUAAACUGGUUUAAGUUGUUUGAUACACGAAUAUAGAAAGCUCCAAAUAGUGAUGAAAUAGGUACUUUUGUAUGGCAUUUUAUAUUGUGGUAUACUGGAGCUAUCUAUAUUAGCGUAGCUUUCAUAUAAACAUUUUUUUUUGGUAUUGUUGUAUAACAGCAGCGGGAAUGUUGUAAAAAUUAGAAUUAGGCUGAUUUAAGGAUAAUAAACGUAUUGUGUUUACUCGCUGAUCCACAAAGCACAAUAUUAGAUCCAUAAAGAUAAAGUACAAGUUGAGUUGGAAAUUUCAAGAAGUAGAGACUUGAUCCUUGAAGUCUUCUUAUACCUACAUAUAUAACGUGUGUUCUCUUAAUGUGGCUUGCUCCUGAGGCCUGCUGUUGGGUGAUUGUAAUUGUUCUCAUUAUUUACUAAUAUUAUGCUUUACUUUUGAUUUUUAUACACUUCCUUACAAGCCGUUUUGGUUUAAUGUUAUUGUAUACGUUUAAUAUCUAAGUAUUUAUUUUACGUUUUUGUUAAAUUUCUUUACCUGUUAUUGUUCGUACACGUAAUGUACUCGCUUUAUUGCUUUUGCUGUUGAGAUCUUUUUGCAGUUAUUGAUCCCGUUUCGUCCUUCUUUAUUUGAAUGUAUUAUCGUAAGUGCAUUAUUUACACUGUGAUAGUGGUGUAAUAGGUAUAGGCCUGAGCGAAGUCUUGACAUGAUUAUAUAAGUCAGUUUCAUUAAUUUAAACAAAGUGUGCGGUAAUUAUUAACAUUUACGACUACACGGAAUAUUUAGAUAUUGGUGGUUUCUUUUAUUUGAGGUAUAUUCGCUAAAAAGGCAUUCAUUAAUAUUUUAAAAUAGUAUCCUAGAAACAAGAAUCACAUUAAUGAUUAUGCUGAUUCUAUUUUCUAUUAAGAACGAGUAAAUAUGAAGUUGUUUAAGUUUCAUUUGACUAAUAAAUUGAAACAAUGUUUAUUUGUCAAGAGUUAUAGGUAAAUUGACAUUAAAGUCGCCAUGUCUUGUCAUGUGUGUGAGAAGAGGUAUCUUAUCGAAGACUGCAUUUUUCAUGUCGUUAGCUAGCGUCGCUUGUGAAUAUAAGGGUAGGUAUGGUGGCUGCACGCGGGCGGGCGGUUGCUUACUACUUACUACGCCUGUAAUGUACUUAUUGGGCCGACAACACUAACACCGAUUAUUCCCUCAACGGUCAGAGAGAGGAAAAAUAUGACCUUGAAGUUUUAGAUUUACCUAACAUUUAAUUUUGAUUCUCUUUGCUGACCUGAUGUCGCGUGGAGAGGCAAGGAGUUAUAUACGCCAAAGCGGCUUUAACGCAGCAAGUUGCGUGAUAACAAUGAUAUACAAGACGCAUGCUUGCUUAUGUACGCCGCUUCAGCUGCUUGUACAGUCAGUAAAGCUAUACUUAGCCCAGCAUACAAAAAUGUAUAGCUAUUAGCUAUGCUGACUGUACAUGCGAAACGUACAUUUGGGGUGGUCGCUCCAUGUAAAUCGAUGUUUGUGAUUAAAGGUUAGCAAAAAGGAGUGCCUUUUUGCUACUAAAGAAUAUAUAUCUCUGUAUAUAAUUCUUAGUCAGUCCACAAAUCGUGUCACAAAGGUUUUUACUGAUAAAAAAUAUAGGAACAGAUUCCUUAUUAUUCGUAUAUACGAUUUAAUAGUUUAUUUAAUGGUGAAUUACAGUGUAAUUUAAUGUAAUUUGCUUUCACAGUAUUGCAAUUCUAUGUAAUAUACGGAAAGUCUUAAAAAAAACCGGCAAAAAUACGCUUUAGGUGAUCAUGAUCCUUAUUCAUUUAUUGAAACUUACAUAGCGCAAAGGCUGGGUCUUAAUUAAUAUAUCCCUAAUAUUAAUUAUAUUACCUUUUGAUUAGCAUUAAACAAGAUUUCGAAUCAUGGCAUUUUAUUAUUAAAAGCUUUGUAUCGGUAAAAACCUUUUUGAUUAUUUUUUAUGGACCGACUAAGUAAAUCUAAUCAAUGAUUGCUGGUUAUAAAUUCCUAAUAACAAAGAAUAGUCGUUCAGUACAGUGUUAUGCAGGUUAUGCAUAAGAAGCAUUUUGGUCGGUCAAAGAGGUGUGUUGCCGCCUAUGUGUGCAGUAGAGUUAAGUACAAUAUGAUAAUAACGCAAGUUGCUAUUUACUUCCAAAACAUCACAUAUGUGAAAUGAAGUAGAGUCAGACCAAGAUAACUCUGCAACGAUUUUUAUAGCACAGAUGUGCAAGCGUUAUUUAAACCUCAUAAUCUUUCUAUGUUAAUGUCACAGCUGUUGGACCUCCAAAUAAAUAAAUAAAAAACAAAAUUUCAUAGAAGUUUGAUGUUUAAAAUAACACUUGCACGUCUGUGCUAUAAAAAUCGCUGCAGGGUUAUCUUGGUCUGACUCUACAUAAGUUUGCUAGUGCAAUAAUUAGGCAAAGCCUACCUUAAACUUAAAAUUUUGUAUCCUAGUACUGUACGUUUAUAUUAGUGAAUAUUUUGCAAAUACUGUUCGUAUUCGAAAUUUUAAUGUUUAUUAUCGAAAUUUGUCUUUUAGUUACAUCACAUGUUUGACUAUUGUCAAUAUUUCGCUGGCCCAAUAUUACAGGGUUCUAUGUUACAUUUUCAAGAUAGUUGAAAUUCGAGUCAUGUCACUAUGACAAUGUUCAAAUUUCAGUUCGAUAAAAGUGAAACAUAGAAUCCUGUAAUAUUGGGCAAGCGAUUUGUCGUAAGCAGUUCGUUUUACUGGCAAAGGAAAAGCUUCUAGUGCUCUCUUCCGAUUCCCUGGCCGGUUAGGAUAAUGGGGUUGGCCGGUUGAAGUAUUUUACCUUGGAGAAUUUAACAACUGGAGUCGCUUUUAAGAGCUUCGAAAACCUCGGCCAAUGGUCAUAUUUAUUGUAUGGAAUGACGUUUAUCUGGCAUGGCAUAGUACGUUACGUAAAAAUAGCCAUACAUUUGACGUGCCCCUCCCCCGCAAAAAUCUGUUUUUUUUACAGGAAAUACAGACAAGGCGUCUCCAGUUGUUAAAUCCUCCAAGUAUUUUACAUAUGGCAGGAAUCUUGUUUUUUUUGGCCUGGAUGGUAACCCGUUAAGCCAAAUUAUAAUCUGGUACUUUGUAUUGUUUGCACCAAAUCUUUUAUUGGCAUUAUGUGUAGUUUUUAUUUUAGCCAGUUACUUUGUUCAGUCAGCAUCAGAUUGUAGCAAGUAUAAUGACCAUGUCGAUACCCUAGUUCACAGUCGUACUAAUACUACUAAAAACGGAGAAAAAAAUAUUGUAAUUAUUACCAUACUGCACAAACAGUAAUUACAACCGAAUUUUCCGCGUAAUUAGUACAACUGUAACCUAUAGUAUCGAUAAUAUAUAUCGGAAUACAUCUCUGCCUUCUCCUAAAGUAGUAGUGUUCCGAUAUUUGUCUUUUUGCUGCUACAAACGAUUAAUUGCUAACUGACACUGGAGGCUCGCUUAGAUGGCGCGAGAACUCUAAGCGAGGUUCAUUACAUUGCGGUAUAUGAUCGGUCGGCUGAAUUGGAUGUAACCGCAAUAGUCCUCAAUGUAACUAAACUCGUACGUGAGUUCGCGCGCGCCGCCUAAAUGAGCCUUUUUAUACUAGUUAUCUAGUGUAUAUGAGGCUAUUACGUUUGGGUCGAAUUGCUUUUCGUAUAAGAAUGUAGUAUUAAGUUUAUAUGACCGUUAUACACUCUUGCAAAGUAUUAAAAAUUCAAAAGAAUCUCACUCUGUAUUAGAAUUAAGAGUUCUAGUCAAAAAUGGACUUCAUUUUAUGGUGAAUUGGAAGCGUUCUAUAACAAAAAUAACUAACACCAUAGUGUUGGAUGAAUUUUAAGUGAUGUUUGAAUAAUAAAUUUAAUCCAGACUGAUAAAAAGUAUUUCUAAUGUAACCGUUAACAUUUGAUCAAUUAGUGUUUAUUCCGAUCUCAACAUUAUUAUAUUUUUGGGCAAGUUAACAUUCAACACUAUGUAGUAGUGAGCAAUACUUAGUUGCUAUGUAAAAGUAUAAAAAAUCUGAGCAAGUUUUAUUUUCGUAUACUUGUUUUAAGUCUUAAAUGUAAAUUAAUAUCAUUUAAAUAAAGAAAAAUCUAAAAUAGAUGUUUUUUUCAAAAAGUGGUUGUAUGUAAUUGUGAACUUUUUGUAUAAAAGUCGCCUUUAUUCUCGACUAUUCCGGUGAGAGGUCUCUUAUUUUAUUAUGUUUUGGUUGAAGUUAAAAAGUAUCAAUUAUAUUUAAAUAAUCAUUUUAUUGAAAUUUCUGUAUUCAAAUUGGCAUCUUGUUCCCUGUGAUAGAAUUACGAUCAAAAUAAAAUUUUGAUAUCCAAAUGCAAUUAAAAUUAGAAGUACUCUACAAUAGAACAUGCAAUAUGUAAGUAAUAUGUACUAACACCUUACGGUCAUUCAGUUACGAGAAAAUUAUAAGGGUGUAUAGUUUUUUUUACAUAACAUAAGGAAAACAAUGGAUUUGCAAGUUCUAUUAUCGAGUGCUGUAGUAGAGUAUUACUUAUCUUGGUUAAUUAAUUAAAUUACUAAACAUUUGUUGUAUCUAUAUCUGGCCUUGCCAUGUAACCUAUUAUUUGCGGACUUUAAAAUUAUUUUAUCUUGUAAAAGUGGUAAUAUAGUGGAAUGAGAAAUCAGUGCUUAGUAAUAAAUAAAAUUAUUUGAUCAGA